AUGGAUCCUUCCAUCAAGCCCUACAAGAUUUCCGUGCCGGAUUCUGAGAUCGAGAACCUGCACGCGAAGUUGGAUCUAGCCAAGUUCCCAUCAGAGAUACCACUCACCGUGAACUGGGACUACGGAGCGCCCGUCUCACACAUCAAACGCCUCGCUAGUCACUGGCGCCAUGGCUAUGAUUGGCGCGCUGCGGAGGCCAAGUUGAACGAAGUACCGCAGUACACGACCACAAUCUCAGUGGACGGCUUCGGCGAUCUCGAGAUUCACUUCGUCUGGCAGAAGAGCAAGCAACCUCAGGCCGUCCCGCUAUUGUUCUGUCACGGCUGGCCGGGCAGCUAUUAUGAGGUUCUCAAAAUUCUCCCGCUUCUCACGAUGGCGACAAGCGGGAUCUCGUUUGACGUUGUCGCGCCUUCUCUUCCAAACUUCGGGUUCUCCGAAGGUCCUGACAAGCCUGGCUUCCGUAUCCCUCAGUACGCCGAGGUCAUGCACAAGGUGAUGCUCAAAUUGGGUUAUGAGCAAUAUGUGACCCAGGGCGGUGACUGGGGGUUCUCGAUCACACGGUUCAUGGGUCUCAACUACCCAGACCAUGUCCUCGCCUCGCAUAUCAACAUGGCCUCUGCCAGUCCGCCUUCUCUUUUCAAGAACCCGCUACAAUAUCUCAAGAGCCUGUGGCCAUACACCGAACAAGAGAAGAAGGGCAUCGAGAGAUCACAAUGGUUCGCGCGCGAGGGCUUCGGCUAUAACCUUGAACAACAAACGCGGCCGGCAACCGUCGGCUUGGCGUGGGCCGACUCUCCCGUGGCCCUCCUCGCCUGGAUCUACGAGAAGCUGCAUGACUGGACCGACGAAUACCCAUGGACGGACGAUGAGAUUCUCACAUGGAUCUCCAUCUACCAGUUCUCGAGGGCUGGUCCGGAAGCGAGCGCCAGGAUCUACUAUGAGAUGAGGCACCCGACGAAGCACACGGAGCCAAUGCAGUGGAUCCCCAAAGUCAAACUGGGCGUUUCCAUCUUUCCCAGGGACCUUUUCGUCCCACCCAUCAGCCAUGCGAAGACACUUGGGCCGGUUGUGUUCGCUGUGACACACGGAGACGGCGGACACUUUGCCGCACACGAGAGGCCUGAGAUACUGGCUAAGGACUUGAGGCAGAUGUUUGGCAAGGGUGGAGGGGCUCACGACGUGUCGCAGAAGAUUUUGAAGAACAGAAUCCAGGCCAAGUUGUAG